AUGGAUAUUGCCAUACAGAACAUAUGCAAAGCUACUAUCAUUGUGGAAUUCAUAAUCGGGAACACUGCAAAUGGAUUCAUAGCUCUGGUAAUCAUCAUAGACUGGGUCAAGAGAAGAAAGAUCUCUUCAGUGGAUCAGAUACUCACUGCUUUGGCAAUCUCCAGAAUAAAUAUGUUGUGGUCUGUAUUUAUUAUUUCACUAAUAUAUUCACUGUAUCCAGAUUUAGAAAUGACUGUGAAAAUGGUAAGAAUGGAAAACAACACCUGGAUUCUUGCAAAUCAUUUUAGCAUCUGGCUGGCCACCAUCCUCAGCAUCUUUUAUUUUCUCAAGAUAGCCAAUUUUUCUAACUCUAUUUUUCUCUACCUGAAGUGGAGAUUGAAGAAGGUGAUUUCAGUGACAUUGCUGCUGUCUCUGGUCUUCUUGUUUGUAAAUAUUUUAGUGAUCAACAUACAUAUUGAUGUCUGGGCUGAUGAAUCCAAAAAAAGUUUCUCUUACAGUUCCACAUCAAAUAAUUGCACACAGGUUUUCAGAUUUAUAUUUUUAACCAAUACAAUGUUCACACUCAUCCCCUUCACUGUGUCUCUGAUCAUUUUCACCCUGCUCAUUUUCUCUCUGCUGACACAUCUGAAGAACAUGUGGUACAACGUCAAAGGCACCAGAGACCCCAGCACCAUUGCCCACAUAAACGCCUUGCAGACUGUGGUUACCUUUCUCCUCUUCUACACAGUUUUCUUUCUGUCUCUUGCCACACAAGUUUGGGUCUCUCAGUUUAUAGAGAAAUACAAUUUGUUUUUUGCUGCUGCUAUAAUUACUUUUCCUUCACUCCAUUCAUGUGUUCUGAUUCUGAGAAACAGCAAGCUGAGGCAGGCCUCGCUUUUGCUGUUGUGGUGGCUGAGGUGCAGGUCCAGGUCCAGAGAUGUAGACACCUUUGUCCCGUGA